AGACGUGGGCGCGGUGCAGCUGUUGCGUUCAAGUGACGCAGUGUCCCGUCUGGAGGCAGGGGAGGGAAGUUCCACCCUGCAUAGCGGCCAGCCUGCCCGAGUGCUGCUGCUUGAACAAAACAAUGGCGACUCACAGCUCGAGUAGCAACUCUACGAGCUCCGGACACAUCGUGGGGGCCGUGUCGCAUCAGCUUCACCAACAGACACAAAGCAGCAGCAUGCAAGAGACCAACACCUGCUGGAGAUGUCAGAAUGAAACAGGGUUUCAGAUAAGCCUGUCUGGAGUGCCCCAAAUCAAACGCAAGGCUCUGAAGCUGAACUUUGCCAACCCUUCGGUGAAAUCCACUUCGAGGCUCAUGCUCAACCCCAUAGUUCCUUCCUUCCAGAAUCCUCACAUAGAGCGCCUGCGAACACACAGCAUCGAGUCAUCGGGGAAGCUAAAGAUCUCCCCGGAGCAGCACUGCGACUUCACUGCAGAGGAUCUGAGAGACCUUGGUGAGAUUGGUCGCGGGGCCUACGGCUCCGUCAGCAAAAUGGUCCACAAACCCACGGGUCAGAUUAUGGCCGUCAAGAGGAUUCGCUCCACAGUGGAUGAGAAGGAGCAGAAGCAGCUGCUGAUGGAUCUCGAUGUGGUGAUGAGGAGUAGCGACUGUCUCUACAUUGUCCAGUUCUAUGGUGCCCUAUUCAGAGAGGGCGACUGUUGGAUAUGUAUGGAGCUUAUGUCUACCUCAUUAGACAAAUUCUACAAAUAUGUAUAUUGCACAUUAGAUGACGUCAUUCCAGAGGAAAUACUAGGGAAAAUAACAUUAGCUACAGUUAAAGCACUGAAUCACUUGAAAGAAAAUUUGAAAAUUAUUCACAGAGACAUCAAACCUUCCAACAUUCUUAUGGACCGAAAGGGUAAUAUCAAACUGUGUGACUUUGGCAUCAGUGGUCAGCUUGUGGAUUCCAUAGCCAAGACUAGAGAUGCGGGCUGCAGGCCUUAUAUGGCGCCUGAAAGGAUAGAUCCCAGUGCUUCCAGACAAGGUUACGAUGUCCGGUCUGAUGUUUGGAGUUUGGGAAUCACUCUGUAUGAGUUGGCCACUGGGCGGUUUCCUUACCCCAAGUGGAAUAGUGUUUUUGAUCAGCUGACUCAAGUGGUGAAAGGAGAGCCUCCCCACCUCAGCAACUCGGAGGAGAGGCAGUUCUCUCCAAAGUUUAUCAACUUUGUUAACCUAUGCCUUACAAAGGAUGAAUCAAAGAGGCCAAAGUACAGGGAGCUUCUGAAACACCCUUUUAUUCUGAUGUACGAGGAGCGCUUUGUGGACGUUGCCAGUUACGUGAGUCGCAUCCUGGAUCAGAUCCCCUCCUCGCCCGUCUCUCCUAUGUAUGUCGACUGAUGCCAACAAGGGUUUGUGGGUGGGUUUCAUUUAAUUUGUGGUUGGUGGUGCCAUGCUUUUGUCAUCUCAGCCAUCAAAGCUGGGUCACCUGUUGUUCCAAAGAACAGAAAAAAAUAAAUCCAGGUUGCUUGGUGCAAUGAAUGAUUAUAUAAAAAAUCCUUUCCUUCUCCCAUUACCUAAUUUAAAAAUACCAUCCACCAACUGCCAGAAAAACUUAAAGAAGUCGUGUUCUUAGUAAAGUGCAGCUCGUCUUUCUCCAUAACAAAACAAUUCAAGUACACGUCUAUACUUGAACUCAAUCACAAAAACGUAAUCUUCCAAAUAAUGAGUUGAUGAUGUGAGCUUCAGCUUCAUGUAUGCUUGUGUUCACCUCUCAACUGCACCGAUGAGUGCUGAUGGACCUCCUCUCUACACUUUAGAAGCGUGUGUUGUGGUGAGCACCCUCACACCUCACAAAUCUACAGGUAUGCAAAAGUCUUUCUGGAAACUCAUGGAUUUGGUUAUGUGGCUUUAGUUUAUUUUUGUAGCUUUACAAUAUGCAUUCUGUGAGAGUAUGUCCUAAAAUGUUAUGGGAUGUUUCUCACGCUGAGGGCUGCUCUCGGUUUGUUGUUCGGGUCAUCUUGUUCGAAUCACAGUUGUAAGGAUGCCAUUUCUUUGCUGUUAUUGUUGCUUUUCAACAACUGAAUAAAGAAAAACUUUGUUCAUUUUUGCUAAAACAAAUGCUUAACGGGGGUGUUGCUGGAAGUUUCUAAUAUCAUCCAGGAGUCAAAUGGCUUUUUUACCAUCAGAAGUCUGCUACCGAGACUAAAAACAAACACGUAAUUGGAUGAAAACGCCUGAAGGGCUGGUCAGCCGAGGCGUGAACAUCGCGACUCAGGUGUUCUUUGGGUGUUUAGCAUGAAAGCAUCUUUCAGGAGAAAGAUGAGAAGACAGAUUUAUUUAUUUUUACUUCCCACUUUUAAAGUAGAAAUGUUAAAAACAGCUGAAUUAAAUACUAAAUGUUGAGGGAAAGAUUAAUAUUAUGUCUAGUAUUACGUCUAAAUGUUGAGGAAAACAGAAAUAUUAAACUGGGUACAUUUACCGUGUUCCAAAUAUUUAGAGAAAAAGUGCAAAGUGAAAAUCAAGAUUCUGGAAUCGUUAUUUUUGAUUGAAAAUGAGUCAACCCCCCAUUCAUCAGAGGCCUACAAUAAUGCCUGGUGCUAACAAACUGAUCACUUCAUUUCAAUGAUACGGAAUGUUUGACUUUAUUCUAGAAAAUCGUAUCAGGACUUUUUUCUUGGCAAAAAAAAAAAUGCUUAUCUUUUCUUUUCUUUACCUCAAAGUGACUCAACACAACAUCAUAGUUUCACCAUUUCAACAACGCCUGCUGUCUUUUUUAAAAACACAGCAUGAGCGUUCUGUUUGUUUCUGACAACUGCACCAGUGGAUUUGCCACUAGGCAAACACAACGCUGAAUUGAUUUUAAGAUUUAAUGGUCUCAAAAUGAGACCAGCAGAGUAUUCUUUAUAAGUUAUAAGCCUUUGCCUAAUAUUAAAAUUUUGGCUUUAGCAAAGAUCAACAGGGCGGUUCGUGUGUCUGAAACACUGGAGAGGAACAAACUAGAUCCAACCCGACACUGCGUGGUGUUAAGUAACUUCAUGUGCAUGGAUGUGCAUAAGUGAUGUCAUCCAGGUGGGCUGUCCCUGGCAGGUUCUGCUCAGACGUUCAAGCUGCAAUAGCAAAUGUGGGAAACAAAUUAGUUUAAAACAUUGUCGUCGUGCCUUUUAACAACGUUCUAACAGUACAGCUAUAGAUGUAUUGUGAAGGCGUUUGUCUCGCAGAAGCGCCGCACCUCCCUGGCUCCUCCAGCCAUUACGCAUUCACGUUUUUUGGUGUGAGGUCUCCCUCAACAGCAUCAGAGGAGGAGAAACAGCCGGCUGCUACCACUUCAACUUUAGGACAAGCUACCAGAGUCCCUAAAAGAAAAACACCAUUUGAAGUCACAAACAUCAAAAGACGGUUGUACCUUGAAAAUAGUGACUGGUAUUUAGCACGUUGUUGUUUACUGUGGCGAGGUAAAUGGCUUGUGUUUGGUACAGCGCCUUCUAGAGUCCCGGAAACCCCCAAGGUGCUUUACAACACAAUCAAUCAUUCACACACUGGUGUCCCGUGCCACCGUCGCCCCAUGUAGGCUUCCAGUGAAUGUGGAUCCAGGGAAGAUACCCGAGGGCAACGGUGAGUUCUGAGACAAUGUUUGUGUCAAACCCUAGCUUAGUUUCAGAUUAGCUGUAACCGCUUUCAGCUUCGUUCUUGAACAGAGUCAACAAGAAGAAAUGUGACUUAAAACUGUUUCCUUUAGAGAAAAACUGUCGAUUGUAUCAGUCUGGCACAGAACAGUCAGAGCUCACAUGUACAGGCAGGCAGCAAAGGUAAACAAACAUGAAAGGAUGAUGCUGCUACUCACGUGGUCUUCGGACUACAGCCACCUCAUUGCAGGCUUACUGACCCACAAGGUCACCAGACACUCGGCAUGCUUCUGUGGUCUCACAUGUCUCUGGCCUGCCUGUUGAUGUAUUUUUAUGUUGAACACCUCGCCCAUCGACAAGCUAGGUUUUUCAGGCAGGUUCUGAGCUGAAGAUCGUGGAGUUGAUUACAAAACCAACAACAAAUUGUUUCUGUGGAAUCUAGUAGACACAUAUAAUGGUAUGACGGACUUUACUGGAAAAGGCAGCUUUAUUCUCACAGGUUCCCAGAGCUGUCCGCCUUUAAUGGUUAAAUGCAGCAUGAGACCAGUUGGUCCACCACCAGACGUGUUGCAUUAGUUCCUUAAAGCAGAUUGGGGCUUUAAGCCAGUACCGUAUGGGGCUGUGACUGCUGAUGGCAAAUCUCAAACAGCAUUGUAAGAAAGGUUUUACGAUGUUACGAAACAUCUGCGAGGAUUGUCGGUUUCCCAGUGAGAACCAAGCAGAUGAUGGAGCUAGUGGCAGCCCAGUGAGGUACUGAUGCUGUAUUAGACACUAAGCUUUAUGUCGGUUUGAGGCCAAAUAAUCUGCUUGACAUAGUUUUUCAAUGUGAUGCAACACACUCCCUGAAAAUGAUGGUGUCAGUAAUACCGGUGCAUUACUAGUGUUGUUGCUCAAAAUGGAAAAUGUCAGGAAAUAUGCUUUAUUAUUUUCAUUUAAUAGAAUGUGUGAAAUGUUUAUGUUCAAAACCACAAAGCUUUAUUGAUAAACCAUAUUUAGCUGUUGUCUACAUGAUCCUGGCCCGUUCUGCUGGGGAAACCUGGAGGGCUCUUCUGAGGGUUUGUACUUAAGAUUCUUAUAAGUUGGUGCAAAACUUACAGAUGUGUUUUCUUUUAAUGUAAUAAUUAAAUCUAAUUAUUUUAUCUUUAUUUUUUUGGGGUCAUGGGAUGUUUUUGGGAAGCUAACUUACUGCUGGCAGCCGUGUCCAUGGCACAUGUUGUAAAAAUUGCUAUUUAAUAGAGCAGUGGUUCCUAACCUGGGGGUCCCGACCCCCACAAGGGGGCGCCAAAGCCUCUCAGUGGGUCGCCAGGACCUCUCCACUUUAAGGGGUUAAAACUUCAUUUAUUGUUUAUAGCCUACAUUUUGCUCACAUUUUUUUUCAUGAGUGAACAGUUUACUGAUAUUAAGACGGGAAAUAAUUAGUACAGAAAGAGUAACACACUUUUAAGAACAUUUUGCUCAGCUCACUGUUUUAUUUUCAAGUGUCAAAAGUUCAUUAAAGAUAGGACUGGUUGAUUAAUCACAGCCUUUACAGUAAAUAAUCUAGUAUAAUCAGUAAUAUACACAUUUAAGUACAUUUUGCUCAGUGUAUUUUUAUGUGUCAAACGUUUAUUGAAAGGAAUGAUUGAUUUAUCGGUGUUUACAAGAAACAAUGUGUUCAGACAAAUAAUACAAACUGUCAAGCACAUGAUGCUCUGUUUGGUUUUGUUAAUGACUUUGUUCUGUACUGGAGCCGACUAUUACUGUUAUCUAUUGAAUCAAAGCAUAUUAAAAUGUGCUUGAACAAUUUUAUCAUUUCUUAAUCAUGUUUGUACUGGAAGAGAGAAUGGGAGGGGGUCGUCAGAAAUUUUACUGGUAAAAAACGGGGUCCCUUGGGAAAAAGGUUGGGAACCACUGUCAUAGAGCAUUGAUAUUACAAUAAAAGAUAUCAAGACCAGUGAUGAUAAUCUUUUAAUAAAGUUCCCUCCGAUAAGGCGGAAGCCUUGUGUCGUGUGCUGCUUGUCUAUUCGACAUGAAUAAAAGAGAUGCAGAAGUAA